UGUGGAAACUUCUUAAUACGUUUCGAGAGAAGAGUUUUAUGGUACCAAUGUGAAUAGAGUAUAAUAUCAUAAUUAUGAUAACGCUUUUUUCAUCGCCCUGAGCCGACGGGAAGGGAGCGACCACGACACCCCUGUUUUCCGAGCAGAGCCUCACGCCACUAACCGAACCGGGAGAGAUAGCAAACAACCUCACUCUGUCUCCCCGCACCGCCCGCCUUUCCUACCGUAACAUACCUUCACCCUUUUUCCGCACACUGUUGCCUCAACGCUUCACAAACUUCUCGCCCGCUACGAUGUCGAUACCGAAUGAAGCUCUCCAGAAGGUAUGCACCCCCCCCUCUCUCUCCUCUCCGUUAUCUCCCUAUCUACCCUGCCCCACUUCGGGAAGGGAAUUUAAAUCAGAGGAGAAGAAAAAUGCGAAACGAAGCUAACUAGGUUGCCUACCGUUCUCUUUUAUCGAAUUGAUAGUUGAUGCAAGAGAUCGAGGCGCGCGCUACCUUUUCCCAGCAACAGCUCCAAAUUGUCAAGUCCCAGAUGGCAGCCAAACAGCGUGACAUACGGCUUCUGCAGUUGACUUCCAAAGAACUGGAUACGCUGCCCAAAUCCACAAGGGUGUACGAAGGUGUCGGGAAAAUGUACAGUGGUCCCCUUUACCUGUCCCCAUUAUCCAUGUUGUGUGGUUGUGGGGCUGUGUGGUUCGAUGGUGCUUUCUUGCAGCGUGACAGUCUUUUUCUUUUCCUGCACACGCACAAUUCAACUUUGUAACACUUUCGCAUCUGAAAAUUCCGCUGAUUCUAGCUUCCUUCUUUGGGGUAUUGGCUUGAUUGUAUAAAUGUCUAACUAUAGCGCACGGUUAUAGGUUCGUUAUGGAAGACCUCGAUUCCGUCCUCACCCGCCUUGACAACGAGAAGAAGAGCGCCGAGGGCGAUAUCAAAGACCUCCAGAAGAAAUUCACUUAUCUCGAAACCACAUUCGAGAAGGCACAGGAUAACUUGAACCAGAUUCUCAGCCGAAGAUGAAGAUCUCCAUGGCACCCAUGUGAGAUGAGUAAGGAGGAGGUGUGGGUUGUCGGGCGACGGGUCCCCGGAGGUGCAGAGUGGAGUGGCGGAAAAAAAAGAGAGGGCACGUGAGCGAGGAUUGUGUGAUUAGGAUAAGAACGAAAAAUCUUUUGGAGGUUCAGAGGGGUCUGGAAGCGGCUAUUUUCGGUUGGAAUGGCUCGGUAGAGGAGAUGGGAGUCGUGAUGAUGAUUCCCGGUUGUAAACAUGGCUACUUCAAUAGCAGCUGUGGACCACAACGCAGGAGCAUCGGGGCAGAGCAGCCACAGCGGAGCGGACGGGACGGCGACUAGCCCGAUUCCUGCCAUCCUCGUUAUUGCUUGUGUGUAUUCCCAUUUUUCACUUUCUUCUUAUAGCUCUUACAGCUUUCAUGUUACGUGGGCACAUAUCCAUGGGGGAGUCUCUUGCGAAUCUGGAUUUACGAAAGCGAUCUGAGGGGUUUUUUUUCUAUUUUUUUUUCCUUCUGAAUGGAUCUCAGGAGUUUCGGAGGCCAUCCAUGGUUCUGCAUGCUUCAUUCCCAUUCUCCCAUUCAGUUGAUAUCCUCAAUGCAGAGUGGUGGCAGCUUGGGUGAAAAUUUUAAUCUUUCAAUUUCGGAGCAUUUAUUUUAGAUAUUGCUGAGAGCAUAGACGACUGGGUUGGCCUGGGGUUGGGCAGAUGUGAACUACUGUCGGCUAUAUAGGCCGACCUAUCCAGUGAUCUCUACCUCAGGCAAAUCCACAGCUCCCUAACGUGACUUUUCCUAUCUUCGGAUAUAUGCUUAUGCGGCGAUUUGACUGCCAAAAAGCAUAAUAGGCAGACUACUGGCUAGCCUAACCAGCCACACCACUUUUCCGAACUUGGGCAAGUAUACGGAUUCCCUUUCAAGCCAACCAGGGCUCGGCACACCUUAUCCACCCAUUCCCCUUUGGCAUCCUCAAACUGUGUUAGGAGGGUUUAGAAUCGAACUUUGUACGAAUCCUCCACCACGAGCUCUGCUCUGUGACCGUCUGUGGCUGGGAGGAAGUGGAUGCCAUAAAUAGGGGCAAUAGGUGAACAAUAUGCACUUUUGUAUAUUCUGCAAGAGAUCCAUUUUCCGUCCGUACGGUACUCGAGCAUUCAUAUGGGCGCUGUAAGUGCCGUGGAUUACCGGUACUCGUCGUGGUGAAUCGAGUACCGCGGACCAGAUACGGGGCAGAUAGGAUGUACGUUCGGCAGGUAACCGCGUAGGGUACGCAGGGAAUGCGUUGUUCGACCGAUGCGGCUAAUCCAAUGGGGGAUUCCGGCAGGCGUCUUCUUCCUCCCAUCGAUGAGGGUCCCGUGGGGAAUUCGAGCGAGACGAGACCAGACGAGAGGAGAUACCAUACCCUGAACAAUCCCUCAACAGUGGAGUA